UUCCCGUCGUAGUAGUACUUCCUGUCCUUGAGUCGGAGCGGUUUCCCUCCUGUGUUUUAGUAGGGAAAGGAAAACUGUGACUUUCAGCGGAAUAAAUGUAAGACUGUUGAGUUUUGUCGGCUCAAAGGAGGCGCCACGAUGUUAAAAGACUUUGUGAAGUGGAACACCAGAGUGUCUGCCGUGUACGCGCUCGGAAUCUGGACCAUGGUUGGCUCCUACGCGUACUUCAAAUACACCGGACGGUACGACGACCCAACGGAGCAAAAAAAGGAGGAGGAGGAGGUGGAGGAGCCUGCAGAUCCCAACACACAUGUCUAUGUCACAGCUCACAGCAAGACCACCGUCACCUACAAGAAGGACUUUGUCCCGUUCACCACCCGGAUCUACAACUAUGUCAAGUCCUUCAGUGAACCCGGGGCGGCAGACAAGUAGCUGCUGGAUGUGACGGCAUCUAAUCUUUGCUCUGAGACAUUUGUUGUGUUCAGAGGCUUUUGCCACCUGCUGACAUCAUGGAAAGCUGCAUGACUGGGAUUUUGUUCUCCCCUCACUCUUUAUAGCGAUUUGAGGAUGUCCAACUAAGAAGACUGUAAGAAAAAAGCCUUGAUUUAAACAGUGAUGAGAUUUUAUUUAUUUCACAGCAAGUUUGUUUCACUUUCCAGAAACUUUCUGCAAAAUAAAAAUUCAAAAAGUUUUCCUUUU